GGGCCGCCCGCGCACGUCGCGUCACGGCCCGCACGCCGCCGCCGCCGCCGCCGCCAUGGUGCUCCGCCGGCUGCCCCGCGCCCCCGCCCCGCCGCCCCUCCCGCGCUCUCGCCCGCAGCCCGCCGCCGCCGCCGCCCGCUCCGUGGCCACUGCAGUGCCCCUGGCCCAUGAGGAGCUGGAGGGUCGCAGGGAUCGGCCACCCCUUGUCUUGCUCCACGGGCUCUUUGGCAGCCAGGGCAACUUCAAGACAGUGGCCAAGACACUGGUGCGCCGUGGUAGCGGCAAGGUGCUGACAGUGGAUGCCCGGAACCACGGCAGCAGCCCCCACAGCCCCAUGAUGACGUAUGAAGCGAUGAGUCUGGAUGUGCAGCACCUCCUGAGCCGCCUGGGCAUCACCAAGUGCAUCCUCGUAGGACACAGCAUGGGGGGCAAGACGGCCAUGACGCUGGCCUUGCAGCGGCCAGAUCUGGUGGAGCGCCUCAUCUCCGUAGACAUUGGUCCUAGCUCAACUGCCCCCGUGUCUGAAUUCUCUGCCUACAUCUCAGCCAUGAAGGAGGUGAAGGUCCCGGCAGGGCUGUCCCGCUCCGCAGCACGCCAGCUGGCAGAUGACCAGCUGCAGCCCGUGGUCAAGCUCCCACAGCUGAGACAGUUCCUCCUCACCAACCUGGUGGAGGUGGAGGGCCGCUACGUGUGGCGGGUGAACCUGGAGGCCAUUUCCCAGCACCUGGCAGAUAUCAUGAACUUCCCUCUCUUCCACAAGCCCUAUCCUGGUCCUGCACUCUUUUUGGGAGGGUCCGACUCGCCCUAUAUCAGCUCCAGAGACUACCCAGAGAUCCAACGCCUCUUCCCCAAGGCAGAGAUCCAGUACAUUAAAGGUGCAGGCCACAUAGUCCAUCAGGAUAAAUUUGAAGAUUUCAUCACUGCUGUCCUCAGUUUCCUGCCAUAGAUGUAGCACUGGGGACCAGGCUUUCUGCAAGGACCAUGUGGAUCCUGAGGAGCUCUGGGCAGUGACACAGGGCUCAGGCUCUGUGGAUGGUGUCAGCUGGGACUGGCUGUCCUCAGUGCAGUCUGAUCCUGCCUCAAGACCUUCUCCCAUCCUGGUUCUCCUGCAGCCAGAGCAGAGAGGCCCCUGCAUCCUGCUGAGAUCUCCUGCCACCUCACAGGGACAUGGGAUGGCACUGGCUCAGGGCACUGUACUGCCAGCACAGGGCUGUCAGGCAUGGAGCGGGGAGGAGAGUCCUCUUGUUUUCCUGUUGCCAGACCCUUUCAUGGAUCUGGCUGUGACUUUGCAGAACAAGCAAUAAAGCUGAAUCUGUGUCAAGGCAGAA